AGUAUUAUUUAAAAAUAUCAAAUUCUUAGUAAUUACUAGUACUUAAAUUAGGUGUAGGAUUUAUCUUGUUUUUUAUCUAGGCUUUUCUACAACACAACCCGACCGUCACUGUUUGUGAUCUAUCAAUAUUUUGCUUGACUUGAGUCAACUCCAGUCUUGGAAGGUGAUUUAGUUCAAGGAGUUUUGAGAAAUUAGGAUGAAGGCACUUAUUCUUGUUGGAGGUUUUGGUACCCGGUUGAGGCCAUUAACUCUUAGUGUCCCAAAGCCACUGGUUGAUUUUGCAAACAAGCCCAUGAUUUUGCAUCAGAUCGAGGCUCUCAAGGCUGUUGGAGUGACUGAAGUGGUCUUAGCUAUAAACUACCAGCCGGAGGUGAUGCUGAACUUCUUGAAAGAAUUUGAGACAAAACUGGGGAUUAAGAUUACAUGUUCUCAAGAAACUGAACCACUUGGGACUGCAGGUCCCCUUGCUCUGGCUCGAGACAAGCUGGUAGAUGAUUCUGGUGAGCCGUUUUUUGUUCUUAACAGUGAUGUUAUCAGUGAGUAUCCUUUCAAGGAGAUGAUUGAAUUCCACAAAUCCCAUGGAGGGGAGGCUUCUUUAAUGGUGACUAAGGUGGAUGAGCCUUCCAAAUAUGGUGUUGUUGUCAUGGAAGAAUCCACUGGCCAAGUUGAGAGGUUUGUGGAAAAGCCUAAGUUAUUUGUUGGCAACAAGAUCAAUGCUGGCAUUUACCUGCUCGAUCCUUGCGUUCUAGAGAGAAUUCAAUUAAGACCAACAUCUAUUGAGAAAGAGGUUUUCCCAAAUAUUGCUGCCGAGAAAAAGCUAUACGCUAUGGUCCUUCCUGGGUUUUGGAUGGAUGUUGGACAGCCAAGGGAUUACAUCACCGGUCUUAGACUCUACCUAGAUUCUUUGAAGAAGAGGUCUUCACCAAAACUGGCAUUAGGUUCUCACAUUGUUGGAAAUGUCAUAGUGGACGAGACUGCCAAAAUUGGAGAAGGAUGCUUGAUUGGACCAGAUGUUGCGAUAGGCCCUGGUUGUGUGAUUGAGUCUGGGGUUAGGCUCUCUCGUUGCACUGUGAUGCGCGGAGUCCGUGUUAAGAAGCACGCAUGCGUCUCAGGUAGCAUUAUCGGUUGGCACUCAACCGUUGGACAAUGGGCUCGUGUUGAGAAUAUGACCAUUCUUGGCGAAGAUGUUCAUGUUUGUGAUGAAAUUUACAGCAAUGGUGGAGUAGUCUUACCCCACAAGGAGAUCAAAUCUAGCAUCCUAAAACCAGAAAUAGUGAUGUGAAAACAAUAUGUUAUAUGUUGUUCAGUUUUUUCAAAAUGUAAUUUUCUUUUUCUUUAUUUGGUUGGUUUUCAGUUUCAUCUUCUUCAAUUGUAAAAGUAUGGGAAAGUUGAGCUAUGUAAGGCAAUAAGCUGAAGAAUAGCUGUUGUGAAAGGUUUGUAUGUUUGUAAUUUCCAAUGUAUAUACAAAUAACGAACUCUAUUAGAGCUUCUCUUUAAAUAUUUGUAUUAAUGAUGUA